UUCCUCGCCGCAGCGCUUCUGGCUCUCGCCCCCGGCCGCUCUCGGGCUCCGAGCUCCACCACACAAGCCGCUCAACUCUCUCUCGGCCUCCAAAGCUCCUCCUCCGCCUCCGCCUCCCGGGCCCCGCCACGUGGCCCCGGCGAGAACCCGCAGCCACACACCGAGGAGCGCAGAUCUUUCUCCCCCCGCGCUUAAUUCCCUCGUGCGCGCGCGCACCGUCGCUCGCCAUCGUCCUCGUGCUUCACCUUGUUCGAUUCGCUCCUCCCCUCUCCCGGAGCCACCGAAGACUUCUGGCGCUCGGGGCUAGCUCAAUGUCGGGGGCCGUCGCGUCCUCGUCCGCGGCGUUUCUCUUGCUCGUGGCCAACUCCUCCUCGUCGCUGCGGCGGCGGCGGAGCAGGGUGAGCACCGCAGUGCGCUCCUACGGUGCCGCCGGGACGCGGCUGCAUUGGGCGCGGCGGGGUUUUACUUGGGACGGAGCCGUGCUGUGCGCCGCGUCGGCGGCGGCUGGUGGCGAGGAGGGCGCGGCGGCAGGGGAGAGCUCGAAGGGGGUCUCUGUGCAGCGCGGCAAGGUCAAGGCUGCUAGAAACAAGGAUCCUGCUUCAUCACCCAAAGCUGCGACAUCGGCACUGAAGCAAGACAGUAGCGUUGCAAAGCAAAAUGGGGCUGCUGUCUCUAGGGACGAAUCAGGUGCGCGAGUCGCUGAAUCGACGGCUGCAUCGGGUUAUUGGAAAGAUGUGGUUGUCGCGGAACCGGUGGAAGCUAAGGUUGAUGCUGCUGGAGAUGCAGAGGUGGCGACUUCUGCUGCAGACGACAGUGAAAACAAGGGGUCAUAUGUUCCUUUGGCUGGGCCAAACGUGAUGAAUGUCGUCGUCGUGGCUUCUGAAUGUGCUCCUUUCUGUAAAACAGGUGGGCUUGGAGAUGUUGUGGGUGCUUUGCCCAAGGCUCUGGCGAGAAGAGGACAUCGUGUUAUGGUUGUGAUACCCAAAUACGGUGAUUACGCAGAAGCCUGUGAUCUAGGUGUUCGCAAACAUUACAAGGUUGCAGGACAGGAGUCAGAAGUGACUUACUUUCACUCUUACAUCGAUGGAGUUGAUUUUGUCUUCCUAGAGGCUCCUCCCUUCCGGCACCUGCAUAAUGAUAUUUAUGGAGGAAAAAGAACGGAUGUUCUGAAGCGCAUGAUUUUGUUCUGCAAGGCUGCUGUUGAGGUUCCCUGGUACGCUCCAUGCGGUGGUGUUGUCUAUGGUGAUGGCAAUUUAGUCUUCAUUGCAAAUGAUUGGCAUACCGCACUUCUACCUGUUUAUCUAAAGGCGUAUUACCGAGACAAUGCCUUGAUGCAGUAUGCUCGCUCUGUGCUCGUGAUACACAACAUUGCUCAUCAGGGACGUGGCCCUGUAGAGGACUUCUUCGACAUGGACUUGCCUGGGCACUACAUUGAUCACUUCAAACUGUACGAUCCCACCGGUGGCGAGCACAACAAUGUGUUCGCUGCCGGCCUGAAGAUGGCAGACCGAGUGGUGACCGUGAGCCACGGCUACAUGUGGGAGCUGAAGACGAUCGAAGGCGGCUGGGGUCUCCACGACAUCAUAAACCAGAACGACUGGAAGCUGCACGGCAUCGUGAACGGCAUCGACACGGCCGAAUGGAACCCCGAGGUGGACACGCACCUUCACUCGGACGACUACACCAACUACACAUUCGAGACGCUGGACACGGGCAAGCGGCAGUGCAAGGCGGCGCUGCAGCGGGAGCUGGGCCUGCAGGUGCGUGACGACGUGCCGGUGAUCGGCUUCAUCGGUCGCUUGGACCGGCAGAAGGGCGUGGACCUCAUCGCCGAGGCGAUGCCGUGGAUCACGCAGCAGGACGUGCAGCUGGUGAUGCUGGGCACGGGGCGCGCCGACCUGGAGGACAUGCUGCGGCGGUUCGAAGGCGAGCACAGGGACAAGGUGCGCGGCUGGGUCGGGUUCUCGGUGAAGAUGGCGCACCGGAUCACGGCGGGCGCGGACGUCCUGCUGAUGCCGUCCCUGUUCGAGCCUUGCGGGCUGAACCAGCUCUACGCCAUGGCGUACGGCACGGUGCCCGUGGUGCACGCCGUGGGCGGGCUCCGGGACACGGUGGCGCCGUUCGACCCGUUCGGCGGCACGGGGCUCGGGUGGACGUUCGACCGCGCCGACGCCGGCAGGAUGAUCGACGCCCUGGGCCACUGCCUCAACACGUACUGGAACUACAAGGAGAGCUGGAGGGGCCUGCAGCAGCGCGGCAUGUCGCAGGACCUCAGCUGGGACCAUGCCGCCGAGCUCUACGAGGACGUCCUCGUCAAGGCCAAGUACCAGUGGUGAAUGAAUCGUUGCUGAAGCUAUUCCUCGCUGCGCCUGCACCGGGAAGUCGCGUUUUUUUAAGCCAGCACGUUGAAUCUGGCGAUUACUGGCAGGAGUUCGGGCUCGCGAUGUCGAUUUACCACCGGGCGGCAGAGAGCGACGGUGGAAGUGAAUAGUGCCGGACUGACGGCGCCACGCCUUUCUGGCUGGGGACAUGUAUACGGAUGUAGCACACCACUUUCUUUUUGGUCACGUUCGAGCCCCGGGGGUUGGUUGAAUGGUCCGGUUUUAUGUGAGUUAUACUGACGAAUCCGAGUCGCGGUGUUUGUAUAUGUUACCCAUUCUUUUGAGCCAAUGGUUCUCUUCUUGUUUUA